AUGGCUUCCUCGCUGACCACUCAAGCCCGCAUUCGAAGGGCCACAAAGGCCGACAUCGAGGAGCUGUCCCAUGUCAUGGCCCGUAGCUUUGCGAACGAUCCCUUUGAGCAUUGGGUCAAGGGUGCCAAGCGUCCGAUCUCCGACCUCGACACGAAGGAUCCCGAAGAGGUGAAAGCCUUGAAGCAUAUGCGCUACUUCCAGUGGACUCUCGCUCGACUGUUUCUGCUGCACGGACAGGUGGACGUCGUGGUCGUCCAUGCGGAUGGACGAGAGAAGAUCGUCUCUUGUAUAUGCUGGGUAGAGCCUGGCAAGACUGCAGAUCCUGGCCUCAUCUCCAUAAUGCGCAUGCGACCUCUACGGGUCUUGCGAGCGUGGGGAUUCAAGCCGUUCCAGCGCAUGAUACUAGAGUUCUCACCCCGGAUCGAGAAGGCUAAGAAGCAAGCCUUUGGAGCUCGAGGGACGAACAUGAAGGACGCGUGGUAUCUCGGUAUUGCUGCCACUGACCCAGACUACGAAGGCCAUGGCUACGCAUCCUUGAUAAUCAAGGAGCGAUUCAAGACUAUCGGCUCGACGCCCAUUCACCUCGAGGCUAGCAACCCCAGGGCACGGGAUAUAUACGAGCAUUACGGGUUCCAGCUCGUUGAAACCGUGAGAUUCGGCGUUGGCAAGGUGGACUCUGACGGAUUGACUGCCGAAGGAGAGAAAGCCAUUGGUGUUCCUGACUUUGUCAUGAUAAAGUGGGAAUGA